AGUAAUUAAAACGCAUGUUUAGGUCACUUUCAUGGCGUUUCUAAGGUAUCAAGUUUGUAUUUAUAGUGAUUAUCUUCUCGUCAUUUUAUGAUAUAACAUCGAAAGUGACAACUGAAACCAUCUUUUUUUAAGUAACUUUGAUUCCUUAAUCGGAAAACCAUGGCUCAAAAUAAACCUUCAGGCUUUCGUUUCCGGCUACCUUGGUUACUACAGCCAGCCCUAGCUACACCGCCUGCUACUGCCCCAGAGCCACCACGCACCACCAUGCAAACCGCUGUUGCAUCCACUUCUGCUCCAAAGCCGCCAUUUCGGCCUGCCGGGAGAGCACCACCACGAGCCACACCACAGUCAACGUCUUCACCGGUUUCAGUGACAUCAACGCCACUACCACCAUCGCAACCAGUUUCAGUUGCACCGCCGCCGCCGCCACCACCACCACCACCAUCGCCACCUGUUGAGGUUAAGUCACCAGUACCCAAUUCUCCAAUUGCUAAAGUUAUUGAACCUGUUGCAACUCGGUCUACAAAAGAAACUCAAACCACUAGUACUACCCCAACGUCACGAACCAUUGAAACCACAGGUCCGGCAACUCCACCUCAAAAGCCGCCGUCUGUCAGGCCACCCAGUCCUCCCCAACCAUCAUCACCGGCGAAACCUGGCUCUCAACCCUCUUCCCCAUCUCGUAUAGCCACCAAAUACCGAGAUUCUUCCCCGCCGGUUUCCCCAUCACGUAUGCCAGCUUCUCCACCACGAGCAGAUUCUAAACCAUUAUCGCCAUCUCGUUUGGCCACUCAUGUCCGGUCAAAGCCCUCUUCUCCCUCCGGUGAACCACCACAAACACGAGCCAUUUCUCAGCCAACGUCUCCGGUUCAUGUACAGCCGCCGCCAUCACCACCACUAUCGCCAUCUCGUUUAGCCACACAACCCCAUGUCCGGUCAAAGCCCUCUUCUCCCUCCGGUGAACCACCUCAAACACGAGCCAUUUCUCAGCCAAUGUCUCCGGUUCAUGUACAGCCGCCGCCAUCACCACCACUAUCGCCAUCUCGUUUAGCCACACAACCCCAUGUCCGGUCAAAGCCCUCUUCUCCCUCCGGUGAACCACCUCAACCACCAGCCAUUUCUCAGCCAACGUCUCCAGUUCAUGUACAGCCGCCGCCAUCACCACCACCACCGGUAACUCCGACUAUAACCAGACGUACUGCAGUCCAAGAAGUUUCGGUUAACCAUGGUGCCCAACCCCCUUUGUCGACAUCUAAACCAGAUGAUACAAAAGAAAUCAAAAAGUCUACGGAAAUAACAAAUGAAAAAUUCCCGGUGGAUUCAUAUCAUGUUCAUGGUGCGGAUGCAAAGCCCAAAGAGAUGACAGAAGUGAAAGGGGCACAAACCAAAUCCAUGAAUACUCAACAUUCCAUGGAAGCAAUAUCUCCAAAACAGAAACAAAAAGUUGCAGCACAGGUUCCCUUACACAGAGAGAUCAAAGACGACAUUACCAAGUUCAUUCAUAAGAUGGCAACAAGCCAUCCGAAGCAAUCCAUGGAUGAAAAACCUGCAAGUGUAAUUACACUUGCUGGUGACAACAAAGGAGCAUCUAUGCAUUUAGGUUCCGAUACAAAGAAAAAAGGAGCCAUCGAUAUCCAAAGAGGAUAUAAGCUUGAUGACAUUAUUAAUGGAGAAGGAGGCUCCAAAGGUAACAAAUCGCCUAGAGAGUCCAAAGCCAGUGAAGAUGAGGAAAUGAAAGCGAUCGUUAAUAGCAAUAUUCAAGGAAUCAAUAACUCCAUCAUGUUCAACAGCUCUGUUACAGAAAGGAACCCUGGUGUUCAUCUUGCUUUCUCGCGUACUUCAGCAAAAAACGAUUCAAAUAUUGAGAAAGGAGAGCAAAUGGAAAUGUACAAGGCUGAAGCUGACAUUACCCCACCAGAGACACUCGUUUACGACCCCACAACUGGAAGAUCCAUUGGAGGGUUUUUCUUGGAGCCGACUGACUCUGAACCAGAUGAUCUUGAGAUGUUUGCCGGAAAUUAUGAGAUAGAGGUUCUCUGAUUUUAAUUGUAUGUAAUAAAUAACAAAUACACGUUACUAGCCAUGAAAAUAAGGAUGAUGCUCGAUCAUCCGCGAAAUCUAAGCUUUAUAUUGCAUUAAUUUCCAUGUGCCUUAA